GAGACUGCUCUCUAUAAAAGGGCUGAGCAGCUCAGCACCUCUCACUGGGGGCAUGAAGAGCAGGGGGGACCAUGGAUAUCAUCAGCAUCCAGCAGUUGGUAUGUGGAGACAGGGUUGGAAGUAAAGUGUUGGGAUGUGGACAUGGAGUUCCUGAUCCUGGAGGUGGGCCCGGGGCCUGGAGGCCCAGAGCCCAAGAGGCCGUGGCCCGGGAGCAGUGGAAACUGGACGAAGAGAAGAAGAAGAAACUUGAGAGAUUUAACAGCUCCAGACUCAAUCUGGAGACUCUGACUGACUUGGAAAACUUGGUUCAAAGACGAAGAGAAAAGCGACUGAAACGCAGAGUCCCCCCCAGGGCACCUGAGUCCAUGGUUAAGCCGCAGCCCCAGGUCCAGCCGGAGUCUGUGGACCUGGAGAUGUUCCUGAAGGCAGCUGCAGAGAACCAGGAGGCCUUGAUUGACAAGUACCUGACAGAUGGAGGGGACCCCAAUGCCCAUGACAAGCUGCACCGCACAGCCUUGCACUGGGCCUGUCUGAAGGGUCACGGCCAGCUGGUGAACAAGCUGCUGGAGGCAGGUGCCGCUGUGGACACUCGAGACUUGCUGGACAGGACACCCGUGUUCUGGGCCUGCCGUGGAGGACACCUGGAUGUCCUCAAACAGCUGCUUAACCAGGGAGCCCAGGUCAACGCCCGGGACAAGAUUUGGAGCACCCCCCUGCACGUGGCCGUGCGCACGCGACACUGUGACUGCCUGGAGCAUCUCAUUGCGUGUGGCGCCCACAUCGAUGCCCAGGACAAGGAAGGGGACACAGGUCUGCACGAGGCAGUGCGGCUCGGCCACUACAAGGCCAUGAAGGUGCUGCUGCUCUAUGGAGCCCAGCUGGGUGUGCGGAACGCGGCUUCAGUGACCCCAGUGGAGCUGGCACGAGACUGGCAGCGGGGCAUCCGGGAAGCACUGCAGGCCCAUGCGGGCCACCCUCGCACUCGGUCCUAGCCAAGUGCAGCCUCCAGGGUCACUUCUCAGCCACCAUUCCACCUCACCCUCCCCUCCCCUCCUCAUGCCCUCACUGUGAUCCGCACCCCUCUGCCCUCAGGCCAGCAGUGCCCAGCAGGGGACAAGGCUGGCCUCCCUGGUUCUCCACCAGGCUGCGCACAAAACGGCUGAGGCAGGGGACCCCAGAGAAGCGGGACACAGCGCAGGUCCAGUUGAGGAACAGUGCAGGAGAGUGGCAGUCCAGGUUGGAGCAAAACUAGAGUCCUGAGCCUUGAGCUGCCCAGGGUCAGGCACUCGGUGUCCUCCGAUCCUCUCUCCACAAGAGCCGGUUUCCCGCCCGGUGGGGCUUCAGGACGAAGCUGCCAUCCAGGCCACACAGCUAUGGCAUGCUUCCGCAGCUGACCAAGGCCCUCCUGGCAGGGUUUCUCAGGGACGCCGUUCCUGUCAGCAGCAACCCUGACAGCAGGUGGAGUGGCUCUAGCCUGCUCUGGCUGUAGGGCUUCUGGAGUUGGGUCUGGCCGUCAGGAGCAGGUGCCCAACAGGGUUAGGCCCCCCUGCAGGCCCCAUCUGCUACCAGCCCGGUUGCCUCAGAAGCCCUACAGCUGAGCAGCUAGAGCUCAUGUUUGUUUUAGGGAAACCUCGUGCCUAUGGUCUGAAGGCCUUGGUCAGCCUGCCUGCUGCCCUCUAGUUGGCCAGCUUACAGCGCUCCUUGUAGAGGUGAAAUGCCUGGGAGCUGGGGAUUGCUUGUGGCCCACCCAACUCUUGGGGUGGCGGCCCGUAACCCUACUUUGCCUUGGGCAUCACCUAGCACUAGAACUUGAGCUCUGGCCUGGACAGCAGUCACACCUGCUUGGCUUCCCCCCACCGCUGGGACAGGACACUGAGGCGCUAGUGGCUCAGCCCCAGAGGGGAAGCAGAGGAGAGCAAGGGGCACACGUGCUUCCCCCCCUCUGCUGAGUGAUGGCAGAUUUAGGACCCAGACUCACCCCAGUUCUCCUCAAGGUUCCUUCCUUACUGCCUUUUCUGUUUCACUCACACUGGUGUAGACCCAUACCGCUGGCAGGGCUGGGUCCCGAAGUGGCAGAAAGUGAAUCUUAAGGAACUCUGCCCUAAAUGGAGAACCGCAGGCUGAGGGACCGGCUUUAGAUGCAAGGUCAGCCUCCUUCCCAUAUGUAAAGUACCCAUAUGGACAUCCAUUUUGCAGCAGUUCCUUCCAGUCUAACACUGGCGGCCUUCUUGGGCCAAGCACAAGGCUAUUCUGACUAUGUGAAAAAGCGACUACAGCUCCGACCCUGCACAGAACUGUGGUGACAGUUCCCCCGGGUGCUGGAGCCGUAAGAAACAGGUUCAAGUUCCUAGAGAAGACAUCGCCCCAUCUAGAAGAUGGGAACCCUUACAUGACAGACAAAAACACCUUUUUAUACACUUCAGUAUUUUUUGUUCAUUAAACUGUUGACUAUCCAUCA